GUAUUGCGCCCUUUGUUUGAUGCAUAUGUGGUCUUGCGCCUCUCCAGCGGAGAGGAACUAGGCGGUCCACGAGGGCAUCCACACGAAGAAGCGCAAUCAGUUGGCCUUAGAGAAGGUCGUCCAUCUUGUCGAGAUCACGGCAAAUGUGCGGUUGAUGGAGUACAGACGUGCAAGUUGUGGGUAUGUUCUCCCUUGGCAGCGAGACGAGGGUAUGCUCGACGAUCAGGCAGGCAUAGAGUUGGACCCCGUGCGUUUGGGGAUGAGGAGCUCGAUGACGCCGGAGGAGAUCGAGGAGCAGGCUACCCUCAUUUCGCGCGAUCCCAUCGGGUCCUCUGCGCCGCCCCCUGCAGAGUCUGUUUUUGGUGCUCGUGCGGCUAUCUUCUGGCCAUACCCCAGGGAUGAUGCCUCUGUGGACGAGAGGGAGCGGGAAUGUGCGGACGACCCCGCACUUCCCAUCCCGCGCGAGAUUGACGAGUUGCACAAGGAGGGCGGUGACUCGCACAAGGGGGCAGAGUGGCCACAUACCGCGCUUGGGGCGGGGGAUUUCGGGGGAGUGGAGGCGAGAUCACCCACUCCCGCACGAGAGCAUACGCCUGCUCCUACCGGCACAGUGCGGGAACAGACGACUGUUUCCGCGACCGCGCAGCAGCGGACUCCUGCUCCUACGAGGAUGUGCGAGCGGACGAGUACUCACGCGACAGAGUUCGGACCUUCGUCGCAGUUGCAUCUUCCUUGUCAUUCAGUAGCAUCGUCCGCCGAGACUGCUUCCAUAGGGCAUGUUGAGUGCUCACCAUCAGCGGUCAGGAGAGAGGACUUGGGAUCCUCGUUGCGCAUACGCGGCCAUGGAUCGUUGUUUAGCAUAGCCCGUCAGCUCGUUUUGGAGGAGGGUGUUCAUAGCGGGACAGCGGCGGUGAGGGAGAGACGGGCGGAGGAGCACGGAGCGAGCGGAGUUGACGACCUUGAGGGUAUUCGAGGUAUGGGGGACGAGUUAGCGGGAGCAGGGCGGACAGGGUUGUCGUCUACGCUGCAUGAUAGAUUAGGGGGGGGUGAUGGUGCGCAGGUUGAGAGGGAGGCGGGAGUGGAGGUGGUCCAGGUGGAUGAUGGUGCGCAGGUUGAGAGGGAGGCAGGACUGGAGGUGGAUGAUCGUGCGCAGGUUGAGAGGGAGGCGGGAGUGGAGGUGGUCCAGGUGGAUGAUGGUGCACAGGUUGAGAGGGAGGCGGGAGUGGAGUGACUGCACAACGGCGCACUGCUCGU